ACUUUUACCCACAAUGCACCAGAGCUGAAGUUAACAUGGCGACCGGGGCCUUGGACGAGCAAAACAAAAACACAAGCGGACAAACGGGCCGCGUUUAAUUAGGGAUUUAACCGAAAGUUUUACCGAGAACAAACAAAAGAAUCUUCAGAUCACUUCAUUAUACAUGCAUGGAGUGUGUGCUGCUAAUUUAUUCGGGAUUUCUGAGUGUUGGUUUGGACGCGAUCGGCCUGCGGAGAUCCUGCUCUGUUUUCUUUUAAUAUUCUUUUACGUUAUUUUUUAGUUUUUUACACACACACACACACACACACACACUCACUGCAGCCUUAGCACUAUGGAUGACACUAAAAGCCCACUGAAGUCAGGUAAACUGUCUCGUUCGUCUGGGAGCAAGACCUCAUCCAGACCGCAGAGGGAGCGAGAGAACGCCAAGGGUCGCAAUAAAAACACUGCAGCGUUUAGAGUGAAGGAGGAGGACAGUCAGAGUGGGCAUGCUGGGGGCAAGGGGCUUGGAGGAAGCCCUCAGGAGUCAAACAAAAGCAAGGCACGCAGACUGACUGGGAGAACGGGUUCAGGGGAGAGAGGCAGGGGGAGGUCUCAGACUCAGCAGGGGGUCAGGAGCACAAACCUCACUGCUCCACUCAGUUCCAAGGAGGAGAACACCACCAACCCCAAUAAAACUCCCAGAGCUAUGGGCAAGGACAGACACACAGGCGAGGUGUCGGCAAGGAGGCCGGCGGAUUGCGCUCCUGACCCUGAAGACGAGACCAACCUGACCUCUGAUCAGCAGCUGGGACUGAAACAGGCCGAGGAGAGACUGCAGAGAGACUACAUCCACAGACUGACCAAGCAGUCCCCUGAUUAUCCAAAUUUCCAGUAUCUAUGCAAACUCUGCUCAGUUCACGUGGACAACAUCCAGGGUGCUCAUAAACACAUCAAAGAGAAACGGCACAAGAAGAACAUCAUGGAGAAACAGGAAGAAAACGAGCUGCGUUCGUUACCCCCUCCAUCUCCGGCUCACCUACAAGCUCUGAACUCUGCUGUGAUGGAGGCGGCGCAGGAACAAGGAAUCUCAGAGCAGGAGUUCCAGCAGAGACGCGUUGUGCUGCAGAACAUGGAGCUGAUCAUCCAGAGACACCUACCUGCAUGUUCUCUGCGUCUCUACGGUUCCUGUCUCACACGAUUCGCCUUCAAGUCCAGUGACCUCAACAUCGACGUGCUCUAUCCCUCCGGUAUGACGCAGCCUGACGUUCUCAUCCAGGUGCUGGACAUCCUGAAGAAGAGCGACGAAUUCUCAGACGUGGAGUCGGACUUUCACGCUAAAGUUCCCGUCAUCCUCUGUCAUGAUGUGUCCAGCGGUUUACUGUGUAAAGUGAGUGCAGGAAAUGAUGCUGCGUGUCUCACCACCAAUCACCUGGCGGCUCUGACCGAGCUGGAGCCUCGUCUGGUUCCUCUGGUGCUGGCAUUCCGCUACUGGGCCAAGCUGUGUCACGUGGACUGCCAGGCAGAGGGCGGGAUUCCUUCCUACUCCUUUUCCCUGAUGGUCAUCUUUUUCCUGCAGCAAAGGAAGCAGCCCAUCCUACCUGUGUAUCUCGGCUACUGGAUUGAAGGGUUUGACGUGAAGCGUGUGGAUGAGUAUCACCUGACCGCCAUUCAGCCGGGGCACUUUGUGGGGUGGGAGCACAGACCGGGCAGCGCUAACGAGGGGCGCGGAGACAACAAGAGCAAAAACGAUGCCCAAAAACACAACGGGCAAAAAUCAGCUGAGAAACAGAACCAGAAGGGCAAGACUAAUCUGGUGCUGAAGAACCCAGAGGCUGUUUCGCUCGGUCAGCUGUGGUUGGAGCUGCUGCGUUUCUACACGCUGGAGUUUGCUCUGGAGGAUUACAUCAUCAGCAUCAGGGUGAAGGAGCUGCUGCCCCGAGACGCCAAGAACUGGCCACGCCGCCGCCUGGCCAUCGAGGACCCGUUUGCACUGAAGCGGAACGUAGCGCGGAGUUUGAACAGUCAGAUGGUGUUUGAGUACAUUCAGGAGCGCUUUCGCACCGCGUACAGAUACUUCGCCCGCCCUCAGAGCCGUAACAGACACGCCCCCGAACGAGACGCACCACGCCCUGCAGCAGCCCAGCCCACGGGAUCCCGCUCCGUCAAGACCAAGAGAGGAGAGAACGAGGACGGAGCGAAUAGCACCGAUGAUGAGGACGAAGAAGAGGAGGAUGAUGAUGAAGAAGAUGAUGAAGCUGGAGAUGAAGAGCAGCAUGUGAGCACAGGCUUAGCCAGACUCCUCGUGGACGAUGAGGACGGAGUCCGUCAAUCCUCCUCCCCGACCCCGUCCCCUCACAACGGCCUGUUCCCCGACAGCGAUGAAGAGGAGCGGUACGAAGGGCGACGGAAUGUUCUGGUACAGGACGACAUCGCUCCAGAAGAUCUGCACUACACCUUCGACAGGAUGAUCUUCACCGGAGGAAAGCCCCCGACGGUGGUGUGCAGUAUCUGUAAGCGAGACGGCCAUCUGAAAGACGACUGUCCCGAGGACUUUAAGAAGAUGGAGCUGACUCCACUGCCUCCCAUGACGGAGCGUUUCAGAGAGAUCCUCGAUAACCUGAGCAAGCGUUGCUAUGAUGAGCUGUCGACAUCUCUGGGAGAGCAACAGAGGAGGGAACUGAUUCUAGCCAGUCUGGAACGCUUCAUUAGGAAAGAGUAUAAUGAUAAAGCCCAGCUGUGUCUGUUCGGUUCCUCCAAGAAUGGUUUUGGCUUUCGCGACAGUGACCUGGACAUCUGUAUGACUCUGGAGGGUCACGACUCAGCAGAGAACCUGAACUGUAAGGAGAUCAUCGAGGGACUAGCGAAGGUGCUGAAGAAACACACAGGUCUGAGGAAUAUUCUGCCUAUAACAACCGCCAAAGUGCCUAUCGUCAAGUUCGAACACAAGCAGAGCAGCCUGGAAGGAGACAUCAGCCUUUACAACACACUGGCUCAGCACAACACACGUAUGUUGGCCACGUACGCAGCCCUUGACCCACGAGUGCAGUAUCUGGGUUACACCAUGAAAGUGUUUGCAAAGAGGUGUGACAUUGGUGACGCGUCGAGGGGAAGUCUCUCAUCUUACGCCUACAUCCUCAUGGUGCUGUACUUCCUUCAGCAGAGACAGCCUCCAGUCAUCCCUGUCCUGCAGGAGAUCUACGACGGGAGCUCCGUUCCUCAGAGGAUGGUGGACGGAUGGAACGCGUACUUCUUCAGCAGUCUGGAUGAACUGAGGUGGCGUUGGCCCGAGUUCCAGCAGAACCGUGAGACGGUCGGGGAGCUGUGGCUCGGCCUGCUGCGCUUCUACACCGAGGAGUUCGACUUUAAAGAGCACGUGAUCUCCAUCCGACAGCGCAAACGUCUCACCACCUUUGAGAAACAGUGGACCUCCAAGUGCAUCGCCAUCGAAGAUCCCUUUGACUUGAAUCACAAUCUGGGUGCAGGAGUCUCACGGAAAAUGACUAAUUUCAUCAUGAAGGCAUUUAUUAAUGGCAGGAAGUUGUUCGGAACACCAUUUUAUCCAAAGCUGGGAAUGGAAGCAGAUUACUUCUUCGACUCGAAGGUGCUGACGGACGGCGAGCUCGCUCCCAAUGACCGCUGCUGUCGGAUCUGCGGCAAGAUCGGACAUUAUAUGAAGGACUGCCCGAAAAGACGCAGAAUGAAGAAGAAGGAGAGUGAUAAGGAUGAAGAGGUACGUGAGGAGGACAGAGAGCCAAGAGAGAGACGCUGUUUCCAAUGCGGAUACGUCGGACACGUCCGGAGAGAAUGUCCUGAUUAUAGACACCUCCGACAGAGAGGAGCUCCUACACAGGUUCCUCAGAUGGUCCGUGCCAUGGUGAGCUCUCAGGCCAUCCCCAUUCCUCAGAGUGCUACGUCCCAGGAUCGACCCGGCCGCAACAGGCAGCCAUCAGAAUGUUCGGACACACGUCAGACUCCUCCGUACUCGCCCCAGCCGUCUACAUUUAUUCAGUCCUCCGUCUCUCCUCAGUCGUCUCAGAGCAGCAAGCCUUCACCAAGCUCGUCCUCCACUCCGUCCAAAUCCCCCCAUCAUCCCUCUCUCGCUCCUUCUGCCACUCCUCCUCAGCAGCAGGUUCAUCUGUCUCUCUUUGGUUUCACCCCAUCUCAGUACAUGGGUAUGCUCUCACCAGGCACCUGGCCCUCUCAUCCGCCCUCCUCGGGGGUAAAGUACCCAAUGAGGAAGGGGCAGGGGAACGGAGGGGUGGGGCACACACCGAACCCUGCCCCUGUUAACCUCAAUGACCCCAGCAUUAUCUUUGCCCAGCCGGCGGGGCGGGACGGAGGGCCACACUGGCACAAUCACCACCUGAACAACCCCGAGGCAAUGGUGGCAAACGGCACGGUGGGGAAGUCAGAAGCAGGCUUCCAGGCCCCGUUUGGUUCUGUAGGUCAGGUGUCCCGUACGCUCGGCCACACCGGUCCUGGGUCCAUAUCCGUCUCGUCCUCGUGGGGUUUCCGCAUGCCACAGACGUACGUGCAGCAGUCCAACAAGCCCUUCAUCUCCCAGGGUGCGGUGGCGAAUCAGCACUUCCCUCUGCUGCAGUCCGGACGUCCCGUCAAUCUCAGCUACAUCCAACAGAAGAAAUAACGAGCGGCGACUUGAUUUAUUUUUUUUUUUUCAACCCAACGCCCGAGGUCCUUAUGGAACGAUAAUGAAGAGAAAAAAAACAGAAUCAUGAAAGUCUAACUUUUGGUCACGAGACUUUUUAAAAUGAAUUUUAUCUUUAUUUUUUUUUGUACAGUUUUUACAUUAAUUUUUUUUCUCUCAUCACAUUGAUUUGUGAUAAGAAAUGUCAAAUAUUUUAAUGCCCCUAUUUUUAAAGGGGUCCCAAAAAAAAAAAAGAAGCGUUUUUAUUUGUUGUGUAAAAUAUGGAUUUAAAGUUAAUCCUGUUUAUUUUUAUUGGUGUAUUCAUAUUUUUGCUUGCAUAAGGACGAAGGCUUUGAAUAGGGAUUUGUUUUAUGAAAAAUCAGCAUACCUGCUCCAUAAGAUAUCUAUGUAGUGCCAAAAACAAACAAAAAGAGGAUCUCAAAUCUCCAGGAAAAAAGAAGAAAAGAUACAAAAAGAUUAAAAAAAAAAACAAAAAAAAACAAAAGAAAAAAGGAUU